CGAGACACGCCGACGAAGUUCGCAUGAGAGAGGCCGAAGAACUCGGAGGUGUCCCUCGAUCCGGUCGAUAUUCAUCGCGGUAAGUAAGCAAAGGAAGAUACUUUCCUUGUGUCUAUCAAAAUAUGUCUUUGUGCAAGCUUGUCCGAUCGAAAUCUAACUUUUUUCAUUCACGCAGUGACUGGUGCCACAACACAUUAUCACUCCCUAACUCGGCGAUUCUUCGAGCCAUUCGGGGACCGGUUCUUUUCAUGUCUUGCUGGGCUGGGCUUCUAUCGAUACUGUAUCGCCAUUUAUUGGUKACGAAUCAAACUGUCGCCAAUAUCAUGUGCAUCUCRAGUACACCACACUCUCUCAUGAGUUCGGCGCUAUCCCUCUUGCUUGUCUUCAAAACCAAUUCUGCCUACCAACGAUUUUCCGAGGGACGCAAGGUCUGGGAAAAUAUUAYCAAUCUGUCACGCGAUAUGUACCGAAUGAUUAACUUGUACGAAAAUGAAAUGGGACGAUCCAAGCGAAGGCGCCUGCAACGCCUCAUCGCUGCAUUUCCGUACCUUCUGAGACAUAGAAUUAGACCCAAUCUAAUUAUGUACCGUGUUGACGACGUCGACAAUGUCCGGGAUCCCGAAAACUCGAUCGUGUUGUAUCAAGACAAGGCUGCGCACGAUCUCGAUCCGGAGCUCGCGGCAGUGGCAACCCAGGAAGAAAAGGAAGGCAAGUCGCGACGAAAGAGACGUCCCUUGUACUGGGUCGACAAACGAACUUUACCAUGGCGAUUGUUGCCUCCGGAUGCAAUGGAAUCCUGUGCCAGUUCACAAAACCGACCACUCUGGGUYUGUGAUCGAAUGGCGCAAGAAAUUCGAUCGAUUCCCGACGGUCCUUGUUUCACAUCCAGAGAACGUCUGACACUAAUCGGCAAGGUGGAAAAGCUGAGCAACUGCAUCGGAUCGUGCGAAAGAAUUCACCAAACCGCCGUCCCGUUGAAUUAUGCGAGACAUUCUCUGCGUGCAUUGAGCAUUUGGCUGUUUACUCUUCCCUUUUGUUUGGURCAAUCACUCGAGCUCCUCACGGCACCAGCURUAUUCCUCGUYAGCUGGUUGAUGUUUGGUGUCUAUGAAAUCGGCUACUCAAUCGAAGAUCCUUUCCAGGGUACUCUUCGCUUGUCUGUGUUGUGUGACACUAUUCGUCGGGACGUCCUGGCCGAUGAAGUGAUUCGAAAUACAGCCUUUGAUAGACGAUCGAACACUGGUAGCGGGCGUGAUAAAAACGCGGAAUCAAGUGGAAGCACGGAAGAGCAAGAAGACGACGAGCUGGAAUAUGAGUCAUCUCCGAUCGCAAAAGAAUCCAGACAAGUUUUGACGGUGGACGAAAUCAAGAAGAARCCCAUGUCAAAMAAAAUGARGAGCGCGAACGGUAGUGGCGCAAUUGUAGAAGAACUUCCAAUUUUGCCUAGCAAAACAGCCAUUUGGGAGGGGUCGAGCUCAAAGUCCGAGAAACAGGAUCGUGAUGCGAAACGGCCAUGAACAACGUGCGAGAAUCCUGAUUUGAUAUACAUCRCAUACAUGAACCAAAUAAAGCUUAAAUACAAUA